UUUUUUUUUUUUUUUUUUUUUUUUUUCCAUUUUGGUGUUUUGCCUUAUCCGUAUGAGUCUAUGAGAUGUUCUUACAGCUCCGAUCCCGAAGUCCUCCACCGCUCAACGCGACCACGCCCCACGAACUCUUACUCGAAGAUUCGUAGAUUCGCACCCCAUCAGAACUCUGCCAUCACCUCUGUCAAUCCUCGCCCGGCACUCCGGUCUCCGGCGGUGGCUAUUGUCCCGCGGCACUCCGUAACGAACUCACGGCGGCAUUCCAGUAGACUGUGCUGAAUGUUUAGUCGACUGCUGAUUUGAUCUUGUCUUUGUGUGUAAUGUAACUUCAGUUUAAAGCCAUUUGUUUGCUUGUGUUGAUUAUGGCGGAUGAGUCGGCAACCAAUGGAGUUGUAUUCCACGAUGCUGAGAUCGGCGCAAAUGAUGACUCCAAAGUGGAAUCGAAGACCUCUGCACUGAGCCAGAAGCUUGUUGCGUUGGAGAAGGAGAAUCGGGAGUUGGUUCGUGAAAACGAGGUCGUGAAGGAGAUAGAGGAGAAGCUGAAGAAGACAAUUGAGAAGCUUGAGAACGAGAAAGACGAGUUGCGGAAGAAGGUGGAGAAGCCGGGGUUGGAGAAUAGGGCUUUGGGAUCGCUGGCUGCUCGAGCUUCUGAACUUGAGGGAGAGUUGGUUUGGCUGCAGCAUAAUCUGAUCAACGCUACGUAUGAUUUGGCAGAAACAAAUUAUGAGGUGUCACAAUUGAAAACGGUUUUGGAGGGGUCAAAAACCAGGGAGGAAGAGAAGAGAUCGAAACUUGAGACGGUUGAAGGGGAAAAGAAUAUGCUUAUUACAAAAUUGACUAACCUGGAGAGCACUGAGAAUGAUCUCAGGUCUGAGGUUGAAGCAAAACAGAAGGAGUUCAGAGCUGUAUUGAGGAAGUGUGCCAUUUUGUUUAAUGUGGAUAAGCGGAGGAAGGAGUUGAGGAAGUUGUUGGAUGAGGAAGAGAAGGUGAAAAAAGAAUUGGAGGAAAAGUUAGAGAAGGAAAGGGUUAUUAGGCUCAAGUAGCCCAAUUUUCUUAUCCUAUUCAAUUUUUUUUGGUGGUUUUUACUUUGAAUUUUGUUCAUGUGACUUUAUUGCAAAAACAAAUUAUAAGCACUUUUAUUGGUAAUAUGAGGUUUUUUAUU